AUGCACUGCCUGUCUGUGUGUCCUCAGGCUGGAGGUGUCCUCGCCUGCUGGGCCGACCACACCCAUCAGUCGCGCCCUUGGCACCUCCUAGCGUUCUUGCACUGUGCUGCUCUGGUGCCUGAGCGAUUCACACUAGCACAUGACAACAGUGAUAGACUCUUUGGCUCCAGCACGGCACUCGGGGGGGAGUCGACUCUCCUGCCUCCUUCUAGGAGGCCAAGUCCUCGACGCAUGGGCCGCUCAGGGAAGGCCAAACGGAACAAAGGCCGUCCAGGCCGCUGGUCGCGUGGACUUGCCACUGAGCCGGAGGAAGGUCUACGACUAGGUUCCAGGCGGCGCUCUUGCUCCCACUCCCGCUCACGCUCCAGACCUCGACCCAGCCGUGGCUCCAGCGUACCAGAUACUGGCUCAGCAAGCAGCAGGCCCCCUGCUACCAAACCGCCUACCUCGGGAGAGACAUCCUUCAAAAGACUUCUGCUGGCUCCCAGGAGAUUGGUGCGCCUUUUCCAGGCCACGCCGGACUAUCCUGCUGGCCUACCGGGCAUCAUAGUGCCUGACUCCUACCCGGGCACGGACCUUGACCCGGCUGUUGCCCUUACUCCAGGCCAGAGCUCCUGCAAAGUCGUCUUCACUACUGGAGACCGCGUGUGUACAUGUGCGAGCACACAGAUUUUGCCCUCCACAGAGGCGGACUUCCCUAAAGGCACGGUCGGCCGCUUGCAACAGCUAUACCGCUGGGUUGUCCAUCCGCCUCCCCGGACCAGGUACGCUAAGCCGCCUCAAAUUCAAGCACCGGGCACCGCCAUCUCGACGGAUCCUGACGAUGAGCUUACCACCGGGCCUCCAGCUCCAGCUGUCAUUCAGCUCGACAGCGAGAAUGAUGAGGAGGACGUUCAGCUUUUGGUGCCACCACGGCCCCGGUCCAAGCCCAUGCCGCAGCCCAAGCGCUACCCACUGACGCCGCCCUCGACCAUGCCUGUGGCACCUAAGACAGUGAUCCCGGACGAGCCGGAGCAGACAGAACCGACGGAUGGCCCUCCUGAGGCAGGCUCAUCCACUCCCGAGCCCGCGGGCCCCAUGGCAGCUCGGACAGAGCCAAUGGAUCUGGUCAUCGAGGACAUCCACCAGACCGUUGGAGAGCUUGUGCCCGCAGGCCGAGCCCCCGAGCCUAUGGAUACAGAGCUUGGGAACCCUGAUGCGGCUGCUGCCAAGGAUACCGACCCAGCGGGCACCCUACAGCCCCUGCCAUCCUCUCAGCAUGCUGAUGGCCCCACCAGGCACAAGCGUCGCAAACGACAGCUCCGGCGCCUAGUGGAGGAGGCUAUGGCUCGACGAUCCUCGUCCUCUCACUCCGGUGCUCGUGAUGAUCCAGGCAAGCCAAGGGGAUCUGCGUCGCCACGGCCAAUCCCUGGAUGCUCACCGUUCUCCCCUCGGCGCUCACACGGCACUUCAGGGACGGAGACACCUGUGCCCCUGGGAGCACCACCAUCGCCUCUGAAGCAGCCACCAACCGCCGACAAACGGAGGCAGCACUGCCAGUCUCACCACACAGUGCUCGCCGACCAGCCCGGCAUACAAGAGGGUGUGUGUCUUGCAGACCCAAUCGCAACAUUACUUGCCCUGCUUGGCUGUCAUGCUGCACUCUACUCUGCCCUCACUCUUGCCAUCGUUGAGGUUGGGACCCAGUCAACGCCCUGUCCGUUCCAGGCGUGCCAGCCUCAGUUGCACAUUCUCUUCGAGCUUUCUCAGCACCACUUUUUCCUCACGAUGGGCACCAUUGUGCGCAAACGACCUUCCGGUCGCCUUGCUGCCACAGGCACUGCCACAGGAAGCCAGCGGCCCAAGACCCUUCACAAGGUGGCCUCCAAGAAGAAACCGGCUCACUCCCGUGCUAAGCCGGCGGCCCGAGCCUCCAAGCCCAAAUCUGGACUCAAGCAGGCACCUCCCUCGCGCUCCUCCUAUGCGCCGACUACACCAUCAUGGUGGGCCAGCGAUCCUGAGGAACCACACGAGCCACACGCCUCAGACUCCGACCAGAUUGACAAGGAGAUGGAGGCACGAGGUGACCCACCACCGCCUGUUCAACCCCUACGUGCCGGAGAUCCGCCUCGUGGUCCACCGCCGCCACAGCCAGUGCGCUAUGAUGUCGACACUCAUGUGGUCACAGUGCCGCCCUCCACAGGCCCCGCGCUGUUCCUUUCGUUGUCUCGCUUCUCCUGGCCCGCUUCGCGCCUGCUCCUUCUCGGAGUUAGCAGCAUUCUGCAGGCCCCCAGCGAUGCACAUGCCACAGGCAUCAAACGUGCAUACAACCGGGCAGUCAGACGAGCACAAGCGAGCCCCUUGCAGGGCACCUUCUAUCGUGGCCGAUGGUGCUCUUUCCGAGCACCUGUCAUCUCGCCACAGCCUCGGACGGAUCGUCGUCCCCAGCUGCAUGCUGCCGCCCCUGCCUCUGCUGCCAGGCUUCUGCAUGUCUCUUACAAUGCGGGUGGGCUGACGGGUGAAUCCUACCAGGAGUUGAUGCAGUGGCUAGCCCAGCUGCCUCCAGAGCAGUGCCCAAUGAUAGUGCACAUCCAGGAAACGCAUUGGUCGCACGAUCAGGAAUACAGCACACCGGGCUGGCACAUUAUAUCAUCGGCCUGCCCCUCCCCUAAGGCAGGGGGUCUCCUCACCCUAGUUAGCACCCAGCUCUGUUCGGCAAAUCAGAUCUCAUCCUCCUCUCGCGUCGCAGGCAGGCUGCUCCACGUCCGCAUCGAUCUGGGAGACCGCACGGUGGAUGCAAUUAACACCUACCAGAAGGUUUAUCAUUCUGGCAGCACGAGAAUCGAGAAAGGUCAGACUCAAAUCGCGGCCGAUCAGCGACGGGACGUCUGGACAUCUCUUCGUGGCCUCCUCAAAGAGAUUCCGAUCCGUCACCACUUAAUUUUGUCUGGUGACUUCAACUCGCCUGCCCCGCUCAUCCCCGAACUGGUGGGAAGCAAGGCCAGGGCAUUUCGCACACCGAUGGUCCCAGACCUGGCUGCCUUGGAGGCCCUGCUCGUAGAUUUUCAGCUGCUUCAUCUUAACAGUUGGACUCGCAGAGCUGGCCCGACCUUUAUUUCCCCGCAGGGCGCAUCUCAAAUCGAUCAUGUCUUUGUGCGCAAGGCCACCGCCGAUAUGCCUGCCCGCGGCGGCAGCCCCUGCAACUGGCCUCUGGCGGCCUGGAGACAAGGGGGACGCCAUCGCCCGGUGCAGGUCUCACUUCCCAUUCGACCCUACCGCGCCCUGGGCAAGUCUCAACCCAAGCGUGCUCUCCUUGAUCUCCAAGGCCUACGCAACGCCUGUCGCGACCCGAGCCAUCCAGGAAUUCGGCAACUACGUGCCUCCGUCGAGGCCCUGCUCUCGGACUCCCCCGAGGCCACUGUCGAAGAGGUCAACUCCCACGUCCUGCAACAAGCGACGGCGGUGUUCCCAGCUGUCCGUAACCAGGGACGCGUUGUCCCCUGGCAAUCCCCCACUGUUGAACUCAGCGUUAAAGGUAUGUGGCAAGCCUAUCACUGCUGGCGGCAUGGACCGACGACAGGACGUCGAAACGUCUUUGCUCUCUGGCGUGCUUACUCCGCCUUUCGCCGAGCACAUAAGCAGUUCCGUCAGAGGACCCGUGAAGCCAAACGGGCCUGGUUUCAUGAUCAAAUUCUUGGUAUGGAGCGUGCAUCUGCUGCCGGGGACGUUAGAGCGCUCUUUCGUCUGGCUGGCGCCCUCCUGCCCAAGCAACCACGUCGCAAAGUCCAGCUCCGAGGUCCCAACGGUGAGCUUUGGUCCUCCACGCAACAGGUGGACUGCCUCAAAACCUUCUUUCAGGAUCUGUAUGCGCCUGAGGACGAACCAACACUGCCACCUCUACCGCCACUUCAAGCCCCCACCAUUUCCUCCUCUGAGGCCCACCAUCGACUCGCAAGGCUCCCGGUACACAAAGCCACCCCAGCGCAUCAGGCACCCACGGCGGCAGUUGUUGCCUGUGCUGAUCUUCUUGCGCCCUGGCUCAGUGACAAGGUCGGGUCUCUAUCCUCAUUCCCGGCUGUGUGGUCAGACUGCUGGCUGGCCUGA